UCCUCUCAGGGUGAGCUCGGUGUCCCCUCCAGCACCAUGGCGUCGCGCAUCGGGCUGCGGAUGGAGCUGAUGAAGCAGCAGGCGCAGCAGGAAGCGGAGCGGGAGCGGGUGCAGCAGCAGAUGAUGAUGAACUACAUGCAGCAGCAGCGGAUGCCCGUGGCCUCCACCCCCGCCAUCAACACCCCCGUUCACUUCCAGUCCCCACCACCCGUGCCUGGAGAGGUCCUCAAGGUCCAGUCCUACCUGGAAAACCCCACCACGUACCACCUGCAGAAGUCGCGGGACAAGAAGGUUCAGGCUUACCUCUCUGAAACCUACGGGAACAAGUUCGCUGCCCACGUCAGCCCUGCCAGCCACUCUCCCAAGCCACCGCCCGCCGCGUCCCCCGGCGUGCGGCCCAGCCACGUCCUGUCCUCCUCGGCGGGCAACAGCGCUCCCAACAGCCCCAUGGCCAUGCUCAACAUCGGCUCCAACCCCGAGCGGGAGUUUGAUGAGGUCAUCGAUGACAUCAUGCGCCUGGAUGACGUCCUGGGCUACAUGAACCCCGAAGUCCACAUGCCCAACACGCUGCCCAUGUCCAGCAGUCACAUGAAUGUCUAUAGUGGGGACCCCCAGGUGACGGCCUCGCUCGUCGGUGUCACCAGCAGCUCCUGCCCUGCUGACCUCACCCAGAAGAGGGAACUCACAGAUGCCGAGAGCCGAGCCCUGGCCAAGGAGCGCCAGAAGAAAGACAAUCACAACCUGAUCGAGAGACGGCGAAGGUUCAACAUCAACGACCGCAUCAAGGAGCUGGGGAUGCUGAUCCCCAAGGCCAAUGACCUGGACGUGCGCUGGAACAAAGGGACAAUCCUGAAGGCGUCUGUGGACUACAUCAAGAGGAUGCAGAAGGACCUGCAGAGGUCCCGGGACCUGGAGAAUCACUCGCGGCGCCUGGAGAUGACGAACAAGCAGCUGCUGCUCCGCAUCCAGGAGCUGGAGAUGCAGGCACGUGUCCAUGGGCUGCCCACCUCCUCGCCCUCGGGCGUCAACGUGGCCGAGCUGGCUCAGCAGGUGGUCAAGCAGGAAGCCAGCGGGGACGAGGGGACGCUGGAGCCACUGCUGCCACCCCCGGACCCCGAAUCGCAGCCACAGCCGGCGCUGCCUCCGCCGCCCCCGUCCCCCUUCCACCAGCUGGACUUUACCCACAGCCUGAGCUUCGACGACGGCUCCCAGGGCUUCCCGGACAGCCUGGAGCCUGGGCACAGCGCCUCCUUCCCAUCCCUAUCCAAGAAGGAGCUGGACUUGAUGCUGAUGCAGGACACGAUGCUGCCCCUGGCCUCUGACCCCUUGUUCUCGGCCAUGUCCCCCGAGGCCUCCAAGGCCAGCAGUCGCCGGAGCAGCUUCAGCAUGGAGGACACAGACAUGCUGUGAGGAGGAGCUGCUGCGGCGCCGGGGCGAGGACUGGCCCGUCAGGUUUGGUGUGUGAAGUCACAGGACACGCCUGGCAGGAGGAGCCCGUCCUGCCACGCACUUGAAUCUUCCCAGGAGUACCUUUCUCUAUGCAACGGGGGCUCGGGUCGUGCCCGCCGGGUGCCACCGUGUCUUUCUCAGCUUGUUUUUGCCAGGGGCAGGAAUGGACCUUCCUGGCUUGCUGUGGCGUUGGCCUGACUGCAGAUUCCACAGCCUGGGAGCGUGGUCUCGGCUGCUUUGCCUUUCAGUGAAACCCUCCUGGCCUGGUCCCCUUCCCCAGGGUGCCUCUGGGAGCCCCCAGCCCUGGGGGCAGAGGGACGAUGCUCCGAGCUUUGUGUCUGGCUUUGCUGCCUCCUCGCCCCGCUCCCGGAGCCCCCAUUCCCAAGGAAUCUUGUCCAGUGUGGUGUCCGAGCCCCCGACACCUCAGGGUGCCACGUCCCUUGUGCUUCCUCCUUCCUCGGAGCACUCGCUGCCUCUGGGGUCACGGGGCUGGGGGGACACCAGGGGCUCCAAUUAGUGGAGCACAUUCAUUAACGUGGCACCCGGGGGGUUGUCUGAGUGAGCCGGGCCUGAGGCUACAACUUCAGGUGGGUGUUGAAGGCAUCCAGAACGGCUGGGAUGGGGUGUUGGAUGCUCCACCAACCCCCUGCUGUGACCCCCACCCUGUGGGGGGACCCCAGCUCGGGGUUAGGCAGCACCCACCACCCCAGAACCUCACUGGCCACUGGUCAAGGGCUGGACACGGUGUCAGGUGACCUCCAGCCUCCCUGGAGACGUCCCCACAGAGGUGCCUCGCCCUGUGACACGGAGCCCUGGCUCUUUGCUGGAAGGAUAAAGGGGUUUUACACUGUUUUGGGGACACCUGUUGAAAGUCCUGCCCCAUGUGGGCAUGAGU